CUGUGUACUUAUGUAAACGGACCAUGCAAAAUAAAACUAGAUUGGAACUUGCCGAUUAUGAAGCCGAGAAUUUGGCACGUUUACAAAAAAUGUUUUCACGCAAAUGGGAAUUUAUUUUUAUGCAAGCAGAAGCUCAAGCUAAGUAUUUGGAAACAUUAAAAAAUAGAUUGGACAGAAGAAAUGUCAAGAUUUCAAAAGUUGCUGAUUCCUAUGUAAGUUAUUUUGAACAGUAUCAAGAAUACGACCCUUUCAUUACAAAUCCCGAGCCGUCUAAUCCUUGGAUAUCGGACAGCGUAGAAUUUUGGGAAUUGGAGAAACAAACUAAAGAUAUCCCCGCAAGAAGGGUAAGAAGAUGGGCAUUUUCUCUUCAGGAACUAUUAAAAGAUCCAGCUGGAAGAGAACAAUUUUUUAAAUUCUUAGAAAAAGAAUUCAGUGCAGAAAAUUUAAAAUUUUGGGAUGCCGUACAAGAACUGAAACAAGUUCAUUCAAAAGAUGUUCCUGUUAAAGUGAGAGAAAUAUGGAACGAAUAUCUCGAUUCCGAUGCCAACUGCCCGAUAAAUAUUGAUUCUAAAAGUUACGAAAUCACAAAGAGAAAUAUGGAAACUCCCGACAGAUGGACUUUUAACGAAGCCGCAGCACAUUUGUAUCAGUUGAUGAAGAACGAUAGUUAUCCACGUUACUUGAGAUCAGAAAUGUAUAAAGAAUAUCUAAAUGGUAUGAAGAAAAAGACGUCGGUUAAAGGCAUUAGAUCUGUUAUUUCAUUUUCUGCCAAAAAAGAACAAACAUCUUCCUAGCCUAGUGAAUGUUAUGUGAAAUGUUAAGAAUCAAGAUAUCAUAGCAAUGCAAAGACUUAAACACAGCUCUCAAGCCUUGGCAUAGGGUCCUAGGAAAGCAUUUGUUUUGGAGAAGAGGUGAUUAUCGACAGAGUGCAACGUUCCGCACGAAAUUAUUAAUAGAAGGCUGUAUAUUCAACAUUUCUUCUUCCAGCCCGUGCGUCAAUGAAAUAGUCAUGCACGAACCGGAAUUCUGCAGUAAGAAUUCUUUGACGUGACAACAUGGGUACCUACUUAUGAAAUUUACUGUGAAUUAAA